UCUGAUGUCUAGAUCUCACGCAACCUAACUACACCGUCAGCAUCCUCCUAGGCCUCAAUGCGUUCCGUCCGAGGCCUUCUAAAGCGAAAUAAAAGUUCUCAGAAGAUUGACGAAGAAGCGUCCAACGCUAGAAACGGCGCAUCAUUGUCAUCCAGAGACAUGGGCUCAGCCGAGCGGGUCUUCCCUAUUCGCAACUUGAGGAGCAAUGUAGAUUUAUAUCACCAAGCAGCCAUCGAUUCGAACAGUGUCAGAGAAGGAGUAGUGGCCACAGCUCAAGCACGACCAGAAUCUUACAAGCAAGAGCAUUAUCGCAUAGCUCCGUCAAUUACGAGUGACGGCUCGAGGACUCCGAGACAAUCGAGUAGUGGGGGCUCAUUAUCUGGCGCGGGGUCACCGAGAGUAUCCGCGAGAUCGCAAUUUGUUUCGUCGAAGUCAGGACCUCCUGGAGUACUUCAUGGAAUAGAUCCAGAUAUGGAACAGUACAAGAAUCUCCCCGGAUACCGCCGUUGCGAGGAUGAGGUAUAUUUGUCCACUGUUGCAGAAAUAUGCAUUGUCCACCUGCUAACCAAAUACCUGAAAUCAGCCCAUCCAUACACCUGGUGCAAUCCAAAGUUUCGGGGCAAUAGUCGGACUGAAAUACAACGAUCUGGGCGACCUUCAAGUCCGAAUCGCAAGUGAAAAUACGCGCAAAAUCAUAGGGUGCGGUCCCGAACAGCUCUUCACGUUAACUUCCUUCCUCGAUGUCCUCAGAGACGACAUCCGCGACGAAAUGGUCGCGCGGGUUAACCACACUCUCCAUGCUGGUGCUGCAGCACAAGAGGAAACUCGCUUGGAUAUCUUCCAGAUCAUCCUCACCUUUCCAUAUGAGCCUGAGAUCCGUCUCUGGUGCGCAAUCCACCUCGCGUCGAAGCCAGAAGGACUCGUCAUCUGCGAGUUUGAGGAAUAUCUUGAUGCUUUCUCCCUCAAAGAUAUCAGAGCUACUAAAAUGCUUCCAGAGUCACCGAUCAGCUCUAUGGAGGUCACGCCGGAAGAGUUGGAGAGAAGUACGACGUCAAAGAGUAAGCCCCUGCCUGUGAUUGAUGUUGCGCGCCAGAGAAAGAACAAGGAGUUUUCUACUCUGGAUCUGUUCAAUGCUCUCGCACAGGCUCAGAAGCAGAUCACAAAUUGUUCUACUGUUCCUGAACUGCAAGAGGUUGUUGUUGGACUCAUUGCUGAGUUGACGGGCUUCCAUCGAGUCAUGUUCUAUCGCUUCGACUCACAGAAGAAUGGUCGUGUCGACGCCGAGUUGUUGAACCCAAAAGCGAGUACUGAUGUCUGGCUCGGUAUGGAACGAAACAUAUCGCUUUUGAACAUAUCAUUACUUACUUCGAUUUCAGGCUUGAACUACCCGGCAUCUGACAUUCCAAAGCAGGCUCGAGACCUAUACAUCAUCAACCGAAUCCGUAUCCUGCUCGAUCGUGAAGCCGAAACGUCUAGACUUGUCUGCCGAGAGGCAUCUGAUUCCGAGAGUCCUCUCGACCUCACACAUGCUUACCUGCGAGCCAUGUCUCCAAUACACAGCAAAUAUCUCGCUAACAUGGGCGUACGCUCGACCAUGUCUAUCUCGAUCGUAAUCAACAAUGAUCUUUGGGGUCUUGUUGCAUGCCAUGGGUAUGGUGAUAUCGGUAUCAGAGUGUCCCUCCCGAUCCGAGAGCUUUGUCGGAAUAUUGGCGAGUGUGCCGCAUCCAAAAUCCAACAAAUCCUCAUGCAACAACGAAUCGACGCGCGUCGUGCACCAACAGCCACACCCUCCUCCCAGCACAACGUAAGUUUCAUCGCGGCCUCCUCCAGCGAUCUCCUCAAGCUCGUAGAAGCAGACUUCGCUCUCCUCAGCAUCGAUGACGAUGCUCGUGCAAUCGGUCGCCUUGAUCCAUAUUCUGAAGCCAUUGCUAUCACAUCGUACUUGCAGACAUGCAAGUUCACCGAGAUCAAGUCCAGUGACAAUAUCAAUCGUGACUUUCCCUUAAUUGCACAGAGACACGAGAUCAAGACUAUCGCAGGGUUGCUAUUGAUUCCGCUGAAUUUUGGAGGUGGAAAUGAUUUCUUGGUGUUUUUCAGGAAGGGCCAGAUGAGGCAGGUCAAGUGGGCGGGAAACCCGCAUGCCAAGAAGUACCAGGCGGGAAGCGAGUACCUUGAGCCAAGGUCCAGCUUCGCACGCUGGGUAGAGACCAUCAGUGGAACGAGUCACGAGUGGACAGAUGAUCAACUCGACACCGCAGCCGUGUUAGGUUUGCUGUAUGGACGAUUCAUCGAGGUCUGGCGACAGAAGGGAUCUGCCAAGCAAAGCCACCAGUUGACACAAAUCCGCGCAUCUUCUCGAGAAUUGCGAACACCCCUCAAUGCAAUUGUCAACUAUCUUGAGAUGGCGUUGGAGAACCAAGUCGACGAUAAGACUAGACACAUCCUCGAUCGUGCACAGGAUGCUUCCACUUCCUUGGGAGACGUGAUGAACGAGCUCAUGAAAUUGACCAAGCUAGAUGAUAGCCCAUCUCCAGGGUCUGAUGAGACAUUCAAUCUGAACUUGACAGCUGCAAGAGCCAUGAAAGGUCUCCAGAAAGAUGCCUCGCGCAAAAAUCUCGAGCUCAGUGUAUCUGUUAACGAACAACUUCCCGCAAUGGUCAAGGGCGAUCCUGAUCGCCUCAAAGAUGCAUUGCUUCACCUGACAAGCUACGCCUUCAAGCAAUCCAAUCAUGUAAAUGUCGAAGUCGACCUGAUCCGCACAAAGAAGAAAAUUUCCACCAUUGGAUUUACGAUCCAAGACAACGGCCCCGGGAAAUCUGACUCGGAACUCGACGAUACAUUCCAAGAAUUUGAAGCCGCCCAAGAUGACGAUGACUGGCUUUUCGCUACCAAUGACAACAACGCCGCCCCAUUGACAGCAGAAGGCCGCUCUACAAAAGCAGACCUAGCACUCAUCGCUCGCUAUCUCCGCGAUACCAACGGACAGAUCCGCCUCCACAGUGAAGCAGGCAAAGGCACUAUCUUCACUGUCGAGAUCCCGUUCGAGCAGGUUCAAUCCAGUGACUCAUCACGCUCGCGGAAAUUGAGGAACCUGUUCUCGCCGAGUCUGUCUGGAAAUCGCGGGCUGAGCCCACCGAGUCCCCCUCCCAGCACCAAGACGCCCAAACCAAACGGUGCUGGUGAGAAAGCGAAGACAGCUGCUAGCACAAAUGGACAUGGAGACGAGACUUCAAAUGGUAACGGCAAUGGCCAUAGUAAUGGCCUCGGCUCUCCAACAACUUCGCAGUUCCCUCUUCCUCCUCGCGUAAGUAGCGUUCAGCAUCUCGAAGCGCAUGUCUCCCAAAAUGGCAGCGCGCCGCAAGCGAACAAUCGCUCUUCGGCUCUGUAUAUCGACAGCGAUCCUGAGUUCUUGACUUCGGGAUUGAGAUUGAAUGUGCUGGUUGCCGAGGACAAUCUUGUCAGCCAGAAGAUGCUGGAGAAAAGGAUUGGGAUGAGAGGUCACGAGGUGGUUGUUACGAGUGAUGGGCAGGAGUGCCAUGAUCGGUUUGCGGCGGGUGGGGGGAAGGUGGAUGUUAUUAUCAUGGAUCUGAAGGUAUGUCUGAGUUGCUGUCCGGGUGGCGGAGCAGGGAAAGAUAAUAUAAAUAAUGCUAACAAGGACAAGAUGCCAACCGUCGAUGGCACCCUCGCCACCCGCAUGAUUCGCUUCCAUGAAAAGGAAACCAAUCAUCGGAAUCAGCAAGCGAACGGUGGCGAAGUGCAAUCACCUCGACAGCGCGUUCCGAUACUCGCCAUGUCUACUGCGCUGGUCGAAGAAAACAGGUUCGAGUACAUCCAAAAUGGAUUCGACGGAUGGAUCAUGAAACCAAUCGAUUUCCAGCGUCUGGAUCUCAUCCUUCAGGGUGUCAAAAAUCCUGAACUAAAGCGAGACUCGCUUUACGUUCCUGGGCAGUGGGAAAAAGGAGGAUGGUUCUUCCCUUGA